UUUUUUUUUUUCUUUUUUUCUUUUAUUAUCUCGUCCAUAUAUUCUUUAUCUUCCAAAUGUUAAAUUCAAAUAAAAGACGGUCAUGGAUACUUGGCUGGGUUCCACCAUGGCAUAGAAAAGAUAUGGACAAACGAUCAAAACAACAACAACACUCUACUUCUUCACGACAAAAGGAUAGACUUCAACGAUCAAGUGAUACAGAUGAUCUGAUGCAUUACCAUGGUAACGAGGGUGUUUUUUCAUAUCCUGCUUCUGAUCAAUUAAUGGAUCCUGGUUAUGCAUCUCCUCCAUUAUCAUCUUCUAGCUCGUCCACGGCAAGUACUUCUAGACGCAAUACCAAAGCCUCUAUUAUGGAUUUCUUUCAGCGACGAAAAAGCAGCUCGACUUCUUCCAAUAUGAUUCCAGUAACACCAAAACAACUAUCCUCCGUGGGACCUUUGUAUACGCCUCUUACAGAACGAAAAUCCAUUUCAUACUCACCUCCUAUCUUAUCCGCAGCACCGCCACCAAUACAACCUACAACAACAAACAAUCAAUACCUUUUACCAACUGCUCCACCAACAUCAUCAUCCUCAUCACCGCCUUCAUUAUUACACUUAUCUGUUAACAAUAAUAAUCAGACAUCAUCCAAUAUCACUCCAGCAUUAUCAUCAUCCUCAUCUCAACAAUCUAUAGCACCACAAGUUCCAUCACAAACAUCAACAACACCACUUCAACAUCGAUUUCCUUUUAUUCAUUGUCAUCAUGAACAUAACAAUACAUCUACUUCUGUAGCAACCACAACCCAAUACAACGAUGAAGCCCAUCAUCAACAAAAGAGUCAUCAUCAUCACUAUCCUUCUUCUUUAUUCUCAUCGACAUCCAAUCAACCAACAUCAUCCAAUCAAUCUCUUUCUGUGAAUAAGGAAGGUCCUCUUUAUGAAUACAAUAUGGAUAUGGAAGAAAAUUUGUCCAAUAUGGAUGAUAGAAAAAGGAUCACAUUGCGUCAUGAUUUGGUUCGACUAGCUUUAGAUGGAUUAUUUAAGAGUCCGCUAGAUCCUAAUCAGGAAGGUGAGAGACAGGUGCUUCAAAUCGGAUGUGGUGAUGGAUCCUGGUGUAGUGAUUGUGCAAAAAUGAAUCCAAAUUGGUUUAUUCUUGGUAUUGAUGAUAAAAAUGGUGGUCCACUAGGUUCUGCUGGAAAGAAAAUGAUGAUGGCGGGUCCAUCAGCAAGUACACUACCAUCCACAACAUCCAUCUCAACAACAACUACUACUACAGCAGCAGAAAGAACAACAUGUGGUGGUAAUUUUUCUUUCAUUCGUAGUACAACCACGUUGGUCGAUAGUUUGAAACAAUUUCCUGAUAAUCAAUUUGAUCUUGUGUAUGGACGAUUUUUGGCCUUGGCUCUUCCUCCCAAAGAAUAUGAAGCACUGGUUGCUGAGUGUUGGCGUGUAUGUAAACGUGGUGGUUUUGUUGAAUUUACUGAAUUGGAUAUGAGGAUCUAUGGAAAUCCUGGUGAUAGUACUUUGAUCAAUUGGUUAAAUCAACAAGUGAUGUGGUCUAUGGCAAAGAAAAAAUUGGAUUCAAGAUUACCAAGGCAUUUACAAGAUCUUUUUUUUAAAUCAUUAGUAGAAGAUCAACAACCUGGAAAACGACAAUUACAAAAUAAUUAUCAAGUCAAAUAUAAUUCAUUACCACUUGGUGUUUGGGGUGGACGUUUGGGUGUCAUGUUUCGUGAUGAUAUUCAUGAUAUUUUGGAUGCUUUGAAUGUAGCCACGACUCCUGAUAAGUAUGGCAAUGCAAUGACCGAAGAGGAAUGGCUGGCCACCUCGGAUACUUUGGAUGAUGAAUUGGAAGCUUUCAUGGCGUUUAUGAAUCUGUAUCAAAUCUAUGCUCAAAAAAAUGCCUGAUCUUCUUCUUACAUAUUCAUCCUGUUUAUUAUAUUGUUGGUAUUUUCUCUUUUUUUUUUGGAUCAUCCUCAUAUAUAUAUGUAUAUAUAUAUUUGUAUAGUUUCUUGAUUGGUCUAGUUUUAUUAUCAUUACUAUUAUUAU